AUGGGUUCUACGUUGUAUCUUAAGUUUCCAAAGUUGACAAGGACAGCACAUGGCUUGAGCUACCUGCAUUUCUCCAUCGCCACGAACAGCAUGAACAAUCCCAUGGCUGCCACUCAUUCAAGCAGCAGCCUCCUCAAAGCUGUGCCAACGCUGCUCGUCUUCUCUUCAGGAUUUUUCCUGGGCAUGAUCUCCAUUGCCAACGUCCCUAAAUUCCACGACUCGUCUUCGCUGUCACCAACAUUACAGUCACACUACUCCCUUGCGCCAUCGUCACCGCCAGUGCCGCCGUCGCCAUCGCCGGAGACACCGUGCGCAGGGUGGCCGCCGCUGCCGUCGUCUACUCAAACUCCGGCUUCAUCGCCGCCAAUUACGGGGUUGAUGCACAACAUGACCGACGAGGAGCUGCUGUGGAGGGCGUCCAUGGCGCCGAAGGUUGCAUUCCUGUUCCUGGUGAGAGCGCAGCUGCCGCUGCGGCCACUGUGGGAGAGGUUCUUCGCGGGGCACCGGAAGGAGCUCUACUCCAUCUACGUGCACUCCGAUCCCCCGUACGCCGCCCCGAUGCCGACGGACUCCGUCUUCUACGGCCGCAUGAUUCCAAGCCAGAAGACGAGCUGGGGCGACGCAAACAUGGUGGAAGCGGAGCGGCGGCUACUGGCGAACGCGCUACUCGACCUGUCAAACGAGCGUUUCGCGCUCCUCUCCGAAUCGUGCAUCCCGAUCUUCGACUUCCCGACCGUGCACGCUCACCUGACCGACUCCAACGACAGCUUCGUCGACUGCUUCCGCAACGCCGGCGCCCUGGCGCGCUACAGGCCGGCCCUGUUCGCGCCACACAACAUCACAGCGGCGCAGUGGCGCAAGGGCGCAGAGUCGCAGUUCUUCGAGAUGGACCGCGCCCUCGCCGUGGAGGUCGUCUCCGACGAGGCCUACGUCCCGGCGUUCCGCGCCUCCUGCGCCGGCCGCAGGGGCUGCCUCAUCGACGAGCACUACUUCCCGACGCUGGUGGCCCUGCUCCGGUGGCGCCGCAACGUUGGCUAACACAACGCCGACCGGACGCUCACAUACACGGAGUGGCGGCCGAGGUCGCCGCACCCGAGGACCCACGGCACCGGGGACGUCACCGACGAGCUGUUCGCGAAGAUGAGGAGCGCCGCCGCCAACUGCACGUACAACGGCGCGGCCAACAACAUGUGCUUCGUGUUCGCCCGCAAGUUCUCGCCGGACGCGCUGGCCCCGCUGCUCGACCUGGCUCCCAAGGUCAUGGGCUUCCGUUGA